AUGUACAGAAAGCAGCAACGGGUCGGCCAGCAGUCGCCCGGUUACACCGCUCAGACCCAGGACGGCCUGAACAAUGUUAGCGAUCUCAUAAGCAAGUUCGAGGUACGCAACUAUCCUAUAAAUAGAGGACUGCUGCCAGAACUAUCGCCGCCCCGGCCGGGAUUCAUUGUCCCGGGCACGGAGGAAGCGUGCUACGAAGCGUCCUACCGACCGUACGGUGGGUCGGCACGAGCCGUCUACCAUCACUAUUCGCCGACCCAUUCUCCGCCACUUGGGCAGACGCGCCGCCGUGUGUCAAACAGUUUGCCGUACGAACCGCAAUUCAACGAUACAGCCUCACUGAGUGACGGUGGGGAUAGUGUUCUGUCGGGGGGCAGGAUGGACGACCGUCGGUUUCGGCAACGUCCCGGUGGUGGGCAUUACUACCAGAAUGGUUCACUCUCCUCGUUAAACGAGUCCGAUUACUACGAGGAAGUGUUUGAUGGCGGGGCGCGGACGCCACCUACCGGGCGGUACUAUCAGCAGCAGCAGCGUUACGGUGCGCUCCUCGAGGAGGUUGACGAUGCGCCACUAAAUAAGGAACAGGUCACCAGCACCCUGACACGGUUCGGUGCCAUACUGCAGAUGCUGUCCCGGAUCCCGUUUCCCCGGAUGUCCGUCACCGGCAUGGGGCUUUGCUCGCUCGUCGCCAUCUUCUUCUGUCCGCGUGCGAUCGGUUCGAAUAUAUUGUUUCCCGGUUUCAGACUACUGUUCGGUACGCUGUACCCGGCCUACGCCUCGUACAAGGCCGUACGAACGAAGAACGUCAAGGAGUAUGUCAAAUGGAUGAUGUACUGGAUUGUGUUCGCCUUCUUCACCUUUAUCGAAACGUUCACCGACAUACUGCUGUCCUGGUUUCCGUUCUAUUACGAAAUAAAGGUGAUCGUCGUCCUGUGGCUGCUGUCACCGGCUACCCGUGGUAGCUCGACGCUGUACCGCAAGUUUGUUCACCCGAUGCUAACACGCCGAGAACAGGAAAUCGAUGACUACAUCAAUCAAGCCAAAGAGAAGGGUUACACCGCCGUGCUGCAGCUGGGCUCGAAGGGUGUUAACUAUGCCACCAACGUUAUCAUGCAGACGGCCAUCAAAGGUGGUGGUGGACUGGUGCAAACGCUGCGCAAGAGCUACAGCCUGAGUGAUCUCUCCGAACCGGACACCCAGCGGACGCAGGAUGAGGUGGACGAGAUCGUGAACCGACCGCAGCGCGUGUUACGUUCGAAGAGUUCCCGCUCGUCGUCCGGCACCCGCCAGAUGGAGAUGUACUUUCCCGAGGUGGAAAUAACCGGUGCGCCGUAUCAUGCGGCCGCUGCACCACCGUACAACUACAUUCGCUCAUCGGACGAUAUAAGCUCCGGUUACUCGAGUGCCGAACCGGGUCUGAGCCGAACGGCAUCGAUGAGCAACACUGCGCGCCCGAGACUGAAAUCAAAAACGCGCGAGGAUCAGGAUGAGUACGGUGCGGAUGUGUUUUAUGACGAGCAGGACCUCUUCUUUGCUGGUAGUAACCGUGGGGCCAUUCGUUCAGGUGAUUCCACUCCCCAGCGGGCUAGCAUCUAUGAACUGCAGGGUGGUAGUGUUAGCUCAUUACCGGCCAUUACCCAGGCGGGACAUACGGUGAAAUCAGCAUCAUCACCGAUUUAUUCUAGCGGUACACAAUCGGCACAGCGCGUUGAAUCCGCCGGGAAUGUUCCGACUGAAAUGAAUGACAAAUAUAAGCUAUUCCUAGCAUGGAUGGAGGAGCAGCAGCAACGUGAGAAGGAAGUUGAACACGAAAGGACUGGAAUGGAAUCUUCAAAUGAAGAAAAUAACGAGAGCAGUAAUAUGCUUCGGCGAGAAAAAGAAAUUGCACCCGGACAGGAACGACCUUUAAUUGAAGAACAAGAACUAGUUGCUUCUGUGAAGCAGGAAGAAUUGCAAGGGAGUAGCAUCGAACCAAAAGCAACAACGGAACGUAUCGACACCAGUGUGGAACCAAUGCAGGAGGAUCUUACGGCAAUGGAGGAUAACUUUAUGGACACGAUUUCUGUAUCAUCGAACGAGAAUGAUGAGUUUUUGGAGGUUGAAGCCUCAACAGAACCUAUGGAAGAAUUAAUUAAUCGUCAGGGGACGCAUAAGGACGACUCUGCAAAGGAUAAGCCUGGGGAAGAAAUAAAGGAAACACCUGAAAGUAACGCCGUACCAGAAGAAAUAGCAAUAACCGAAUCGAAUGUCAAUUCGGAUAGGGAAAUGACUGAAGAAACGGUUGAAUUACCUUCCGUAAUUGAAGAAAAGGAACAGCUAGAAGAACCGGCAGUUGCUGAGGAACAACUCGCUAAGGAUAUGGCAACGCCGCUGGAAUCAUCCAACCUCAUGGUGGUGGCUGCAUGUUCCAACUCCAACUUAACCUCGUCCAACUCAUCUCUUGCCGUAUCGGAAGGGAGCACCGGUAGUGUCAUUAAUCUGGCCAACGAAGGUACCGCGUCCGUCCAAGCAAAGAAACAUCCAUCCUUUGGGAAGCAUCGUAAAGCACCACCUGUUCCACCACCGCCCGAAAUGAUCGUUAUUCGAGAACCUCCCAAAAUUACUCCUACUGUUGCUACUCCAACUCCAUCAAACUCUCCGAAUGCGGGAGGUCUGAAUGAAAAACGGCCAAUAAUGCCUGUGAGCACUCGUACCAGCUCACCAUCGUCGGGCGCUGUCGGCGGUCCAACGCAAGCAGCGGAAAAGUCUAAGCCGAAAAAGUUUAUGAGCUCCCUGACGGGUAUGUUCAAGGGACACGGCGACACAUCAUCAUCAACGACGCCGAACGGUCGUACGAACGAAUCGGCACCGCCACCGGAAAAGAUGUCGGCCAGCUGUACGACGCUGCCCCGCACCAAGAAACCGGAAAAGGUCACCAAAACACGCUCGAAAACAGAAAAACCAUCAGUUUAA